AGAAGGCGGUGGUGGAAUUUUUGAUUGGGGAUUGCGUUCCGAAGAGUUUUGAGGGAGAAAGAGUUGGGGGAAACAGAAUCCAAAUCAAAAUUUGCAAGGGUUAGGGGGAAUAUGUCGGAUCCAUUCGAGAGAGCGAAAGGAGGCAGAUUGACCUUCAAAGACGGAACUCUCGCCACUCGCAGCAAAGCCAUCGACAAGAAGAAGAAGAAAAAGAAGAAGCAGCAGCUUCAGGAGCAGCAUAUGAACCCUAACGACGAUUCCCAAGUGGUGGCUGAGGACGGAAGCGCCGAAGCAGCAGCAGCUGUAGAAGGAACUGGAGGAGGAACGGAGACUUACACCAUCGACGCAGCGAAGCGGAUGAAGUACGAGCAGCUGUUCCCGGUUGAGGCCAAGAAGUUCGGCUACGAUCCCAAAUCCGUUGAACGGAAGACCGUCGAGGACGUUCUUGACGACCGCGUCAAGAAGAAAGCCGACCGCUACUGUAAAUAACUAUCAGUUCUAUUUUACACCUGUCCGAUUCCUCUUCCUUGUUCUUCUUCAAUCUUUCAGGAACGGCACGGUGGAGUUGUUGCGUUUGCACGAGCCUUUGAUUAGAGACUGUCAUUGAUUAAACUCACUUUGUUCUGUGUACUGUAGUUUUAAUUCAUAGAUUGCUCUAUGCUUAUUGUACCCUUUAGUAUGUUUUAGGGCCCUAUGUUUUAUUAGCGGGAUAAGCUGCAUCCAGUAUGUAAAACAGGAACCGAGCAUUUGUGCUCUAUUUUAUGUACCCGUAUCUAAUCGCGUGUUUUUACUUUCUACUUUGUCAUAAUUUACAUUCAGAUAAACAAUUGAACAUUAACAA